AUGGAGGGGGCCACUUUCAACCACGUCGUCACAUGGUACCCCCAAGACCUUGUUGUCGGGUCUGUCCUUGGCGCCACGGCUUGGUCUCUACCACGUCCUUCCGAAGAUCCAAGCGAUCGUGGUGGUUGGCAGAAGACACCCUCGUUGAGGCAUUUCUUCCAGGGCUGUCGUCGGUGUGAAAUUGCAGACAUGAGGACUGCACAGGCUGGUGCCCGAUGA